AUGUCUUCCCCGGGAAGUCCGCCGCCCGAUUACCAGACACCGCCAUUCCCUUCCCUGAAUGUCAAGCAGCUCCAGGACCACACGCCCGACCGCAGGUACACGCUGUACCAUAUUUCAGAUGUCUGGGAGUUUACCGUGAUAUGGACCUUGAUAACCUAUAUUUUCUUCCAUCUUGGCGCGGUGCUAGUGGCCUUUUUCAGCCACGGCUUUAAUAAGUCAUCAUGGCGGUUUCUCUGGGCGGUGCCGAUCAUCUACCUCUUGAUAGCUGGAAUUGAGGCCAUUCUAGCAGGAAGCAUUGUCGGUCUUGGAGCAGUGUACAAAGCCGGAUACUACGAAAUGAACACCUGGAUCCCUUGCACCUGGGGCUUCAUCAACGUCAUCAUCCUCAUAAUAUCAUCGUUCUCAGUACAAGGUGGUCUCUAA